AGUCAGGCAGUCAGUCAGUCAGUCAGUCAGUCAGUCAGUCGGUCAGAGGGCUGGUUGGCUGCUUGCUGUGUUUCCUCAGGCUGGAUGUGAAGGCAGAGCUCAGGCUGAUAAUCGUGACGGUGCCUGGAUCCAUCCUCGCCCCUCAUGGCCGACAGAGCGACGCGUCUCCUCCGGGCUCCGGCCGCGAUGCUGCUGCUGCUGCUGCUGCUGCUGCUGCUGCUCGGCCCGCGGACCUCCCUGCAGCAACAGGAUUCGCCCGGUCGCUGUGACGAGCUGCAGACGCUGCAGCUGCACACGCCCUGCACUUCCUGUGCCGCCGCCGCCGCCGCCGCCUGCCCGCAUGGCUUCAUCAAGACGAGCAGCGGCAUGGGCAUCGCCAACUGCAGUUACGUGGUGCAGAUCGGCGGCCGGGCCGUGGAGCUGCCGGGCUGCAGCCACGCCUGCGUGAGGAACGUCCUGCAGCCGCGAUGCUGCCCCAACCACUGGGGCCCGCUGUGUCUGCCCUGUCCCAGCUGGUCAGGGAAGGCCUGUAACUUCCAUGGACGCUGUCUGGAUGGAGACCUCGGCAACGGCACCUGCGUCUGUGAUGAUGGAUUCUCUGGCUUUGCCUGUCAGGAGUGUAAGAACCAGAACGCCUUCGGAGAGAACUGUGAUCAAGAGUGUGACUGUGUGAAUGGAGUGUGUAAUAAGGGUCCAGAGGGUGACGGUCAGUGCUUGUGUCAGCCUCCGUACACCGGGAGGCGCUGUGACCAAGUGAGUUCCAGCUGCAGGAACUGCAGCAGCUACUCGCACUGUAAAGAGCAGGGAGAGGCGGCCGUGUGCGAGUGUCUGCCCGGAUACAGGAGAUCACCGCAGAACACCUGCCGGAGUGUGUGUUCAGGUAGAGAUUGCCACGCCAACGCAGACUGCUCCUCCGCCGGCGCCGCCGUCCGCUGCGCCUGCAAGCCCGGCUACGACGGCGACGGCAGGAUCUGCGUUCCCAGAAACCCUUGCUCCGUCAACAACGGAGGCUGCCCGCCCAACUCCACCGUGUGCGUCUUCAAAGGACCCAACAAGUCCAGCUGUGAGUGUAUGGCUGGCAUGUCACCUGUAGGUGGCGUUGUGGAGGCGGGCUGUGAGCUGGUCUCUGCCUGCUCACCUGACACCUGCGACUCCACAGCUGUCUGUCAAACUGAGCUGGACGGACGGCCCAGGUGUGUGUGUGAGGCACAUCAGAUCAGUGAUGGGAGGCGUUGCUAUGGUAACCUGAUGGAGCGGCUGGAGGAGCUGAACAGGAGAGGAAACCAGAGAGGGAACCUGACAGGAGCCAUCGAUCUGUUCGAGCGAGGCUGCCAGCUGCCCAUGAGCCAACACGGACCCUUCACCGCCUUCAUCCCCCUGCUGACCUCACCGCUGUCUGGUGUGAACAGGGAGUCUGUGUGUAAGAACCACCUGGUCCUGGGUCAGCACCUCCUCAGGGAGCUGGAGGGUCGAGACUUCAGCCUGUAUGGAGGAGCCAGAGCCAGGAGCAAGGACAACCAGAGGUUCAUCCUGAUGGGUGAUCCAGGUCGGCUCUACACGGUCGUACAGGAGGAUCUGCCUGCAGCCAAUGGGAUCAUCCACAUCAUCGACCAGCCAAUCAUAAGCUCACUUCCUGAUUUCUCCCGUGAUGAGCAGUAUGCUGAUAAGACGGUCAAGAACAUUCUGAGUCUGGAUGGAAGAUUCAACCGCUUCCUGUCUCUGGUCGAUAACUGUUGGGCCCCUCCCCCUCUGCACAGCGCCGGGCCCAUGACCGUCUUCAUCCCCACCAACGAGGCGGUGGACCGAGCGCGGGACGGCAGCAUCCUCUACAUGCUGCACAAUGCAAAACACAAACUGAGGGAACUGCUCCGACACCACGUCUACCACAGGGCCGCACUGACAGCAGACGAGUUGGCCAGUCUUCCUCAAAUUGAGACGAUGGCCAAUCAGAUCAUCAGGAUCAGUGUGUCUGAUGAUGGUGACAUCUUAUUGGGUGAGAAGCGUGUGCGUGUGCUGAGCACCAACGUGGCGGCGGCCAACGGCAUCAUCCACGUGAUUGACGGGCUGCUGGUCCCGCCCUCCAUCCUGCCCAUCCUGCCUCACCGCUGCGACGUCAACGACAGCAAGAUCACCGUGGGUCCAUGUGUUCGCUGCAGUUACCUCUAUGAGACUCGCUGUCCAGACGGCAGCACUGAACUGGACAGCCACCUGACGGGCUGUGAUUACAUGGCGUCUCCUCUCCACCCCACGCCAAGUAAAGGCUGCGCCAAAUACUGCAACACCACCAGACAGGUAGCAGAGUGCUGUAAAGGGUUUUAUGGUCCGGACUGUAAGCCGUGUAUCGGAGGCUUCCAGAACCCCUGCUACGACAAAGGAACUUGUUUUGACGGUAUCCAAGGCAACGGCUCGUGCAGCUGUCAGCCGGGCUUCGAGGGCGUGGCCUGUCACCUCUGCUCCGACCCGCGCAAACACGGGGAGAGCUGCGACGAAGAGUGCCGCUGUGUGCACGGUUUGUGUGAUAACCGGCCCGGCAGCGGCGGGGUGUGUCGGCGAGGUUCCUGUCUGGACGGAUUCUCCGGAGAAAACUGCGACCGCACGGCCACGCCCUGCAGCUCAGACGGCCUGCAGGAGCACUGCCACGUGCACGCCUACUGCACACACACCGGACUACACACACAGUGUGUGUGUAAAGAUGGAUAUGAAGGUGAUGGACACUCCUGCUCUCCCAUCAACCCCUGCCUGAAGAGCGAGCGAGGAGGCUGCCACACCAACGCGGAGUGUGUGUAUGUUGCCCCCGGUAACGUGUCGUGUGUGUGUGUUGAGGGCUGGACAGGUGAUGGCAGAGUGUGUGUGGAGAUCAAUAACUGUCAGCUGGCCGGCCGAGGAGGCUGCAGCUUCAACGCCGCCUGCAUCCACGUGGGACCGGGACAGAAUGAGUGUCAGUGUAAACAAGGUUACAUGGGAAAUGGAUACAUCUGUGACCUCAUCAACCCGUGUCUGAAGAACAAUGGAGGCUGCCACACGCUGGCGACGUGUGAGCUGCAGGACGCUGGAGUUCACACCUGUACCUGUCCUGACGGCUACGGCGGAGACGGGACCGUCUGCUACUCGUCACUGCUGGAGGAGCUGGACAUGAACCCAAAGAUGUACAGUUUCAAUCAGCUGAUCCAGAGAUACAGCGGCUCAGCUGAGGACCUGAGUGGGAACGUCACGGUGUUGGUUCCAUCCAGAGAUGCUCUGAAGAACCAGAGCUCGGCUCAGCAGAUGUUCUGGGGCCGCCGCCACCGCCUGCCUCUCUUCCUGCGAGCCCACUUCCUGUCGGGGAUCUACUCUGUAGAGGACCUGGACGGCCUGGUGGGGGUCAGCCUUCCCACCCUGAACAGCCCCACCCACUGGGAGAUCAGCAACAGCAGCGGGAUGAUCCACAUCGGAAACGCCACCAUCCUCACCCCCAACCUGCCCGCCAUCAACGGAUACAUCCACAUCGUCGACAAGAUCAUGGCCCCGCCCCUCUCAGACCUCCCUCCUGACCCCCCCACCCUGAUGGGCUUCCUGAACUCCUCGUCCAACUUCACCCUGUUCAGACAGUAUGCGCUGAUGUACAACCUGUCAGAGGAGCUGAAUAAGUUUGAUUUCACCGUCCUGCUGCCGACAGACGAGGCCAUCAGGCAGCACCUGGCAGAGACUAACUCCACCCACCUGGACUCUGAUGUGUUUAAGUACCACGUUCUCCCUGGGGUUCUCCUGUUCCCUGGCCGUGUGUCUGAUGGAACCCUGCAGAGCACCCAGCUGGGCGACGACUUCCAGGUGCAGUUCCACCUGAACAGCAACAACCAGACGGCGGUGAACGACGUUCCUCUGGACGGCGUCUUCGUGGAGACGGUGGACAGCGUCGUCAUGGUUCUGCCUCGGGUUCUCAAAGUGCGCAAGAACCGCUGCAGUCAGCUGAUCACCCUGCAGGUCAACGGACGGUGCACAGACUGUGACGGGGCGCCUCGCUGCUUCUUCCCCUACAAACCAAUCAGGAGUCAGUUUCCCGCCAACAUGCGCUCCAACUGUAAAUUCAGGAAGCGAGUCGGACUCAGGAGGAGAUCAGUGCCGGGCUGCACCAUCAAAUGUCUCCGCGUUACCACGGAUCACGCGUGCUGUCCUGGGUUUUAUGGUCACGAGUGUUUCAAAUGCCCGGGAGACGUCGGCAGCUGGUGCUCUAAUCACGGCGAGUGUCAGGACGGUAACCACGGCAACGGGGAGUGCCGCUGCUACGAGGGUUUCCAUGGCACCGCGUGUGAGGACUGUGAGCCGGGACGCUACGGACUCAACUGCUCCAGCAAGUGUGUGUGUGACCAUGGGAAGUGUGAGGACGGUCUGGCAGGAAGCGGCAGGUGUUUGUGCUAUAAAGGCUGGAAAGGAGCUUCCUGCUCUGUGGAGGUCAAGGACGAUGCGUGUGGAGGACAGUGUGAUGAGAACGCCAAUUGUGUAACAGGACCACAGGGAUCGACUUCCACCUGUGUGUGUGUGGCGGGAUAUGAAGGCAACGGAACACACUGCAGAGAGGUGGACCUGUGCAGCAGGUCUAAUGGCGGCUGCUCUGAUUUUGCUGUUUGUGUGAAAACGUCGGCAGGCGAGCGGAGCUGCAGCUGCAGGGAGGGCUACACCGGGGACGGGCUCGUCUGCCUGGAGGUCGACGGCUGCCUGGUGAACAACGGAGGCUGCCACCGCUCGGCACAGUGCGUCAGGACGGGCCCCAACACUACGGCCUGCUCGUGUCAGGAGGGUUUCUCAGGAUUAGGGAGGUUCUGCCUCCCGGUGGACCCCUGCAGGACGAACCACGGCGGCUGCAGUGUGUUUGCUCGCUGUGUGUACCUGGGUCAGGGGAAGAGGACCUGCUCCUGUUACAGAGGACACAUCGGCGACGGCUUCGACUGCAGGGGACACACACAAUUUGAGGUCACACAUCGAUCAGACAACGCCCUCCUCAAUCGCAUGAUGUCUAUGUCGGACAGUCGCACGCUCUACACCUCGGGCCCGUUCACCGUCUUCGUUCCUCUGGAAGAAACCAACAACAACAACAACAACAACAACACCGUCUCAGAAUGGGAGAGCCGUGGUCGUCUGGACGACCUGUUUCAUUACCACGUCAUCACCUGUGAGACUUUGACCCUCAGUGACCUGAAGACCACCGAGCGUGCCGUCGCUACGUCAGGACACACCCUGCACUUCAGCCUGCAGGAGGGCUCAGUAGUGAUCAAUAACGUGUCCCGGAUCGUGAGGAGUGACUACACGACGUCUAACGGGGUCAUCCACCACGUGGACUCGGUGCUGACGCCCUACCGGCUGCGGGACGUCCCGCCUGUGGAGCCCAUGAACCUGACCACAGCGAUGGAGUUUUAUGGCUACAGCAGGUUCAGCAGAGUCCUUCAGGACUCGGGGGUCCUGCCGCUGCUGCAGAUGCGCCUCCACCAGCCCCUCACCAUGUUCUGGCCCACAGACGAGGCUCUGCGCUCGCUGCCGCCCGAAAGGCAGCGCUACCUCUUUAGCCCCGCCCACCAGCAGCAGCUCACCGGCACCGUCCUCGCCCACGUCAUCCGCACCAUCAAGGUGCGUUAUUUAAAUCCAGGUGAUGUGAUCUCACAGUAUCGCACCAUGCAUGGCUCCACCAUCAGGUACAGCUGUGACAAGACUCUGGUGGGAGCGGUCUUGUUGAACGGGAACGCGGCCCAUGUGGUGGAGCGUUUCAUGAAGUUCCAAGAGGGCGUGGCCUUCGGCAUCAACCAGCUGCUGGAGCCGCCGGGCCUGGGGGCGCACUGCGACGGCCUGGAGAACAUGACCGUCUUCACGUACUGUGGAGUGUGUGCAGACCCUCCAGACUGCCCCCGCGGCUACCACGACACGGGGAAGACGCAGACGUGUUUGUCUCCCGGCUCCUGGAUGGGGUUCGGCCGCCCCCGCGGGUUGUCUUUUCACUCGGACCAUUCUGGUUUCUACUCACCUUUCAGGCCACGGCAGCAGCGCGGAGGCUGUAAGAGAAUCUGCGAGGCCGAGAUGUGGUCGCCCCGCUGCUGCAAGAACCACUACGGCUCAGCCUGCCAAGCGUGCCCAGGUGGAGUCGAGGCCCCCUGUAGUAACCAUGGCGACUGUGACGACGGCAGGAUUGGGCGGGGCAACUGCAGGUGUCAUACGGGCUUCAGAGGCUCGGCCUGCGAGCUCUGCAGAGACGGCUUCUACGGCCCAAACUGCACAGCAUGUAAAUGCACCUGGAUGGGACAGUGUGUUGACGGUAUGGAAGGAUCUGGAGAGUGUGUGUGUCGGUCAGGUUGGCAGGGCGAGCGAUGUGAGAUUGAGAUAGGCUUGCUGCCUCCGGAGUGCCAGCGGUGCGACCCCAACGCUGUCUGCCUGCCCGGCGUCGGCUGCCAGUGUAAAGAUCAGUUUCAAGGCAACGGCACCUUCUGCAGCCCCGAGCCACCUCCAGACUUGUGUUUGGAGUAUAACGGCGGCUGUCACCAGAAUGCCGACUGUAACCAAACCGGACUGCUGGUUAACUGCACCUGCCACAGCGGUUACCAGGGCGACGGCUUUUCCUGCGAACCCAUCAACAGGUGUGUGGCCGAGGUGAACGGCGGCUGCAGUGACUUUGCCACCUGCAGGUUCACUGGUCCGAACGAGCGUGUGUGUGAGUGCCUGCCGGGGUACGUGGGUAAUGGCGUGCAGUGCCUGGAGAGCGUGGUGCCGCCUGUGGACCGCUGCCUGGAGGACAACGGGGGCUGUGACCCCAAGGCCUCCUGCAAGGAUCUGCAUUACCAUGCGAGCACAGGUGGCGUCUUCCUGGAGCGCUCCGCAGAGGGGAAGUACAAGAUGAACUUCAGCCAGGCCGACGCCGCCUGCCGCCAGCAGGGCGCCACGCUGGCUAGCUUCAAACAGAUCGGAGACGCUCAGCAGCUGGGGAUGCACCUGUGCGUGGCCGGCUGGCUGGAGGGCGGGAAGGUGGGAUAUCCGACCCGCUUCCCCUCGCCCAAGUGUGGAGAGAACCAUGUGGGCGUGGUCCUGUACAGAGAGCCAGUGGAGCCCAGCAGCCUGUACGACGCCUACUGCCACAGAGUGACAGAUGUGUCCUGUGUGUGUCCAGCUGGUUACGUCGGGGAUGGCCAGUUCUGUAACGGCGUCCUGACCAGCGUCCUCGCAACACACACCAACUUCUCUGUCUUCUACAAGUUCCUGUUGGAGUACAGCGCCUCGUCCCCGGAGGGCCAGCAGCUCAUCGACUUCCUGUCCCACAGGAAGUCAGACGUCACGCUGUUUGUUCCUCACAACGCCGGAUUCAGCCGCAACCAGACUCUGUCUGGCAGAGAUCUGGAGUAUCACAUCUCAGCCAAUCACAGCCUGCGAUUCUAUGAGGAUUUGAAACAUCAGGAAGUCAUCACAUCCAGGCUGGGCUUCAACCUGACCGUUACCCACGGCAACAACCAGAGCUGUAAGCUGGUCAACAGGAAGUUGCUGCUGGACUGGGACAUUCCUGCCGUCAACGGCCUCAUCCACGUCCUUGAGGCGCCGCUCACAGCCCCGCCCCUCCCGAGCUCCCAUCGUGUCUCACGUGGCCACGCCCACUCCAGUGGCGUGGUGUCGGCCAUCUUGGUGACGGUGCUGCUGCUGUGUGUGUUGGCCGGACUGGGAUACUACGUGUACACACACCGAACGGACGCCUUCCGCUUCCACUACUUCAGAAACGAGGACGAGGACGCGGCGGCGGGGGGGCGGGGCCAGCCGGCGAUCAUCUCCAUCCCCAACCCGCUGUACAGCGGCUCCCGAGCCUUCAGCGAGCCCUUCACUGAGCCGGGUCAGGAGCCGGGUCAGGAGCCGGGUCAGGGGGCGGAGCCUCCGGAGCCAGCGGCGAGCGUGGCGGCCCAGUAGAGCUGCCGGCUGCUUCUUCUUCUUCUUCAGUUUCAGGAGGGCGUCGCCGCGUCGCAUCAAUUUACAGAAACAUUUCCAAAAACCAGCAGAGCCGGUUUCUGCAGCUGAAGUCAGUUUGUGCUGCAGCGCCCCCUUCAGGCGACACGUCACAUCAAGCCUCCUGGCCGGUUAUUGACAUGAUGCUGGUUUUGGAUGUGGUCACACUUUGAUCUGUGCUUUAAAUUUCCUGAACUUCCUCACCUGAUGUUGCUCUUCUGGUAUUUUCCUCCACCUUUUUUUUUUUUUUUUUUUAGCCUUUAUUUAAAGACCCCAUGAAACGGACUCUUACUUUGUUGAUUCGAUGUUGAUUUCCUGUUGAAACAGGAAGUGUGGGCGGGGCAUGGUUCACAAGAGCAAACCAUCAGGAUCUCAGUUUGGGAGAGAAACACUUUUAUUUUGAAGGGACAGGUGGAUGAGAGAGGAUGUUUACAGAUUUGUGAAGUUUUUAUUGGCUGAAAUUUUAAUUCACAGCCACAAGAGCAGGAUGAUGUCACUGUUUGACAGGAAGUAGAGGUCAUGUGAGGUCAUGUGAGGUCAUGUGAGGUCGUUUCAUGGGGUCUUGAAGCAGGUCGAGUCUCCUUCAGAUUAAAAGUCUCCCCUCAUGCUGAUGAAAACAUGGUGACGUUUGAGGAACAGGAAGUGAGAUCAGAGAUUCUCUACAUAAAAGACGCCACACUACAAGCUCCACUUCCUGUUUCCCCCUGCCAGCCAGCAGGCUCCGCCCCCUCUCUGCAUCUCGCUCAGGCUCAGCCAAUCACUGUGAGGCGUGUAAAACCCUGUGAUCUGAUUGUUUGGAUGUUUUUUGUUGUUUUGUUUUCCUUCCUGUUGCUCCAAUAAAGCUCCGACCUGAACGCCGUUUCCUGUUUCCAUCUUUAACCUGCAGCUGCGGCUCUGAGAGGCGGAAACUCCUGACACUCCGCCUGUCUGUCUCUCCUGCCACCUGUCUGUCUCUCCUGCC